UGGUAGAGGAGUGGAGACAUGUAAGAAACACGGACUAACCUGACUAAACAAUAAGGACAUUUAAACUAAACUUUAGUCAGCUGUAGGUCUACAGGUGUGCUGUUUAUAUUUAUGCUAAUCAGACACCGAAUCCAAGAAGUAACUUUAUAGUUGUUGUGGAUAACAUCGCAGAAAUGUAACUGUUCGGAAACUUGGACGUUGUGAAUGAACUUCAGAAACUUUGACAGCUGGUAAAGUCAGUUAAACAUGGAUGGCGUAUAUGUCGUAUGCCGAAAAAAAACUACGUCAAGUUAAGUUGUAGUCUAGUCAACAGGACAUUGCACUUUUACCACUCACACUGUUACAUAAACAACUUUUAUCAAGUGAAGUAGCUGAUGAUGUCAGCAGCAGCAGCAGCAGCAGCAGCAGCCAGCUCAUCCCAGCAGCAGCGGGUUAAACACAGCGGCUCCCCGACAGCCUCCUGCUCUCCCUGCACCAACAACAACAACACCGCGGUCCGGUUGCAGCCUAUCCGCGCCACGGUGCCGUACCAGCUUUUGCGUGGAAAUCAGCACAGCCCAACCCGCUCCUCUUCCUCCUCCUUCUCAGUAGCCGGGAGCAACACAGGACCGACGACGUCCCGUUGCUCCAGUCCCACUAACCCGGCUGGAAGCGGCUCGGAGAGCAGGCUGUUCCCCAGGCAGACACUCUCACCUUCGGACAGCAGGAGCUCACCAGAACGCUCUCCACAUUCUCCCAUUUCCAAAGUUGAAAGGAUCAAAUCACAGCAGGUGCGGAGUUCGGGGGCCAUUCGGCGGACUUCCUCCCUUGGCGCUAUCACAGGGCCCUACCUCACCGGGCAGUGGCCUCGGGACCCUCAUGUGCACUAUCCAUCUUGUAUGAAAGAUAAGUCCACACAGACUCCCGGAUGUUGGAGUGACGAAACAGGAGAGAAGAGGAGCACCCACCAGCGCUCUGCGUCCUGGGGCAGCGCUGAUCAGCUCAAAGAGCAGAUUUGGAAGCUCCGGCAGCAGCUCCAGCGCAGCAAACAAGGAGGACGCCACAGUAAAGACAAGGAGCGACUCUCCCCGCUCCACUACAACAUCACCUACAACCCCCCCACCAGCACCACCAACACCAACAACACCACAUCCACCACAGCCAGCCACGUCCAGCAGUUUUCCAUGUCGAAGUCGGCCCAGAUGCCGCUGUCCAACAUCACAGUGCCAAAGCCCUCCAUCUCCAGGGUUCCCAGCAGCAUGGAAGGCAUCAACCAUGAGCUGGAGAAGGUCUUCAUCAAAGACAACGGAGAGAAGGAGGAGCUGAAGUCUCUGGAGGUUCCGGACGGCCGACGGGCGCCCUUCCCUCCCCAGCAGCGCAGCAGCAGCACCCGCAGCGUGGACACCCAGACUCCCUCAGCCCCCGGCCGGUCCAGCAGCUGCUCCAGCCUGUCGCCCUGCCCCUCGCCCGCUCACCCACAGGGAUCCCACGACGGCAGCCCCUACUCCACAGAGGAUCUACUCUACGACCGCGAUAAAGACAGUGGAAGCAGCUCACCACUGCCCAAGUUUGCCUCCUCGCCCAAACCCAACAACAGCUACAUGUUCAAGAGAGAGCCCCCAGAGGGCUGUGAGAAGAUUAAAGCCUUUGAGGAGAUGAGCAGCUCCAGGCAGUCCGCGUCGGCCUCAGUCCCCCUCUUCUCCUGCCCCGACAAAAACAAGGUCAACUUCAUCUCGACCGGCUCGGCGUUCUGCCCCGUCAAACUCCCCGGCUCCCUGCACCUCACCCCGGCCUCGGAGCCCGAGGAGGACGAGGACAGCGCGGAGGCGGGCUCCAGCUCCGAGCCCCAGGGGGCCACGUCGUUCUACGGCGCCCCCACUCAGGUCUCCACGAGCACCAGCACAGACGACCCACCGGAGGAGCCUGGCUCGCCCUCAGAGACUGCAGACCCCCGGACAGACAGCCCGGCCAUCAGCUAGACCUGAGCAGAGCUGGCCUCUGGCUCCAGGAUUCACGCUAGCAACCACCAACCAUCACCACUGACUGUCCCACCAACACCUCCCUCUGCUCUGCCAGGGGAGCCUCCGUCUCUCUGUGCUGACCCCCUCCAACCCCCCCUUCUAUCUCUGCAUGACGUAGCAACAAUGUCCCAAAUAACCACCACCGCCACCACAAAGACUCGCCACUUAAUGUUCUGUCCUGCAUAAUGUCUGAGCUGUUGCUGGCAGGGGAGGACCUGAUGGUUAAAGGUUAUGAUAUGCAGGCAUCGGAGGGAAGAAUGGAGCACUAUGGAUGGGGGGAGGGGCAUGCAUUUUAAACUGGUAGUAUAUUUCUGAUUAAGUUAUGUGUUGUGUUCUGUUUCAACAUUCACAGUAUGAAUAAGCUCUCUAAACAUAUAUAUAUAUAUACACAUAUAUCUCUAUGAAAAGAAAGAAAAAUGCUUGUUUAAAAAAAAAAAAAAUCCAAAACUGUGUAUUGCUGUGUUAUGUACCGAACAGGAAAAACAGCUGUACUGUUCAGGAUUAUGUUUACACUAUCCAGGUCACAUUGUUAAAACCCUGUCGGAAAAAAAAAAAAACGAAGGAGAGAAGAAAAAAAGUAAUUCGGGCAAAGAAAAAAAAAAAAGACAAAAUGGCCACAAUUAGUUGCACAGUGUCUGCAUCUGGCCUCGCUUCAGGUAUUUCAAUCAGAGUCUAUACUCAGGUAAUUUGGAAUGUAUGUCCAUACAAAUAUCUGUAGCUUGACAAAGCAGAACAGAUUCACUGUCAUUUUCUCAUUCCUAGACAAAUCAUUCCUUUCUGUUCCAGAGUCAAGUCUAAGACUAGACCUGUGAUAGCGAGCUGCAUAGAGAAAAGAGUUGGAAGCGGUGGGUGCCCCCUCCCCUCGGGGUGCCUUUUGUUGACUGGUGGUGGGAUUUCUGUACGGACCACACGCACUGUGACCAAUGGCAUUUGUGGCUGUGUGUGUACUGAUGGAAGCAUGCCGGAGAGAGACUUGGGACGACGUCCGUUAUUUAAGCCUGACGACAGUACGCGAUUGGCUCCGCUGAGCCGUUUACAGCAGGACACGAGUGGACGAGUCUGCAGCACCUUCACGUUAAGAUACAAUCAAACUGAAGCAUUUGGUUCUUUACAGGUGCAGAUUGGAGGUGGAGUUGUACAAACAUUUUUCUGAGGUAGAAAUGAUCUUAUUUGUUAAGUUAAACCUCAGUUUGCGUAGCCAAAGAAACUUAGCCAUAUGGCAAACCUGACUUAAUCAAGACGAGAGCAUGAUAAUACUGGAUUUCUGUGGCCGAUAGUGAUAUUUAAGAGGGUUUUAUUUUAAGUCCCAUAAUCAUUUUUUUUAACAGAAUCACAUAAAGUAACUUGAAUUUGGUAGUUAAUGAAUAGUGACCAAUAUCGAGCAUGUUCUAAACAUUUCACCAUGUAAAAACACACUUAUUAGUGCAGACAAACUGUUUCUAUUUUACCCAAACGUACACUAUGUUGCUGCAGUUCCUUAAAACUUUUCAGCUAGCAUCUCCACCAAUACGAUGUAGCCGUGAUAAGCUAAUAUUAGUAUUUUUUUUAAAUUCACAAGCAGUCUAGAUGUUGAGACUUUAACAUCAGACCUUAUGAAAUAUCCUGUUGCAGGUUAGAAAUAAACCUUGGUUUUAAUAAGGCUUUAAUACGGUAAUCAGUAAAACAUAGUAGCACAAGCUAAACAUUAGCCACCAUAAGGUACUAGUCGUUCAUGUUGUUAUUAAAAAGUUUUACUUACUUUUUUAAAGCAAGUUUGAAUUCAUGAAGACAAACACAAUUCAUUAAAAUGAACGAGCACAACCCACGAAACUUAAUCACGUGUUUUGUUGUUUAUUCGUUGUGCGUCCGCUGCCUGACUUGAGUUAAGCUAACGUUACUUGACUUUGUUGUGGUUGUGUAUUGUUUUAGAAAGUCAGCAAACAGCCUCACCUUUAUCCACAAUAUUUCCGUUCGUGGUGUUUAUUCCAAAAUCUUGCACAUUACUUCUCACAUUGAUCUGUGUUAUCACUGUCUAUUUAGCACGGCUCAUUAGUACGUAGCCAGUUUACUGAAGGUAACAGGGUAUGCUACAGAUCAGUGCAUUGUAAGAAUACCCCUCCCUUAGCUUGCAGCACUGAAUUUAAAUAUUACAUUUUUCCAGUGUUCUAACUGUAAUUAGCUUAAUGUAUCAGUCGGGAAUUUUGGUAAAAAAUAUGAACAGUAUAAAAAAAUUUCCAACCAAAAUGUGUGACUUUAAUAGUGACACUAGCGUUAACGUGAUAUCUGAGUUUAACGACUGCUACCAAAACGUCACUUUUUCCAUAAUCAUUACUUGGAAUGUAAACGUGAUUUUCUUCAGAAUCCUUUUUCCAUUUAACAAAAAGAAGCCAAAAUUCACAAAUGUUAAACACAAGACACACAACACAAAAGUCUAAAAUUGGCAACAUUAUGAUAAUAGCUGCACUAAACUAUAUUUUUAUAUUAACUAUGGAUCAAAUGACUAGUGUAUUGUGAAAGGAAAUGCUCAUAGAGUAUGCUCACUUCUGAGCCUUUUUAAGCCUGUUUUUGGCUCAUUGUUCAUUGGCUCAAAAGUUUGAUAAACCGAUUUAGGGUUAGCAGCUAGUUGGAGCAGAAACUUAGCAUCCAGAUAUUUUUUAGCUCAGUAACUAAAAGUAGAGUGAAUUCAACACAAACAAGACUCUACAUCAGUGCUAUUAUAGUUCUGUGUGUUCUCGAUGUAUCAGUUAGCACCUGUUUGCUAACCCUUUAGCCACAACAACUUCAUAUGGUCACAAAAAAUAGUGUUGCAGCUUUAAAUCAGAAACUGGCUGAUGGGUUAGGGUUAGGGUGAUAAUGUCACGAGUUAAUCGCAGUUCUGGAUAAUUAAUGCCACAGACACAUUUUGGUUGGUACCAAAACAAGUAUUGUGUAUUUAUACUCGGCCCAAGGCAACAGUUUACUACAAGCUCAGAUUGCAGUCAAGCCAUAGAAGAUGAAUGUUUGUACAACUUUGGACAAUCUCCAAUCUGCAUUCAGGUGAUAUCCAAACUUAGACUGUUCUGAUAAUCCAGAUAAUUGCUAUUCCAUUAAAAUGCAUUCCAUGAGAUUUUAGCAAGACAUAAAUAGACUCAUGAUGAUUCAUUCCUAAAAUAUCUCUCAGCCUUUUGAUUUGAUCGCUGUAAGAGACUAGCUACAGUACUGAGAGAUGUUUGGUUGCAGAAACAGGAGCGCCUUCAUCUGUUUGAUGCACAGAUAAAAGGAUAAAACUGGCCUGCCUCCCUCUCACUGUCUGUCUGUUAUUGCUGAGUGUUGUAAGCACGCUGAUGCUACCACCAAGCAAGAGAAACCUUCUUAACAUCGCAUAUAUUCUGUGCAAAAAACACUAUCCUGUAGUCUCGGCUGAUGAACAUCACCAUGCCCAAAGUGUAAAUGAUCCACAACUUUCAUUUCCAAACGUCAAGAGUGAAACAUAACCGACAGUUAUUUUGAUAUCUCGUGUGCUUGUGGAAUCCCUGCAUUGAUGCUCCAUUCAUAUUUUGUAUAUAUGUGGCUUUUAAAGAGGCUCAAUGCAAUGUUGUGGUUUCUUAAGACAUUUCAGCACCUUACCAAGAGCUAUAGCUUUCCCAAUGUCCCGCAUAUACUCGGCAUUGGUAAACUAGAUGUGUGCAAUAAUAGGGGGGAGAAAAAAAGGUGUUGUCCUCCCGGAUGUUGUCCAUUCUUUGACACGACGCAUCUCAUCUUGCAUUCCUUUGGUUUUGAGCAUGGGGGCUGAAUCAGCAAGUAGUUUGUUGCUAAAGCCAUCAAUCAAUACAAAACCAGCACUGAGAGUGACCAGAGCACAUCACUGGCAGGUCAGAGUGUUCAUCAACUCCUACAUGAUACUCCUUAUGUAACCUGCAGUGUCAAAGUUCAUGCACAAUGGCAAUAAAAAAAACUAUUGGUUGUUUUGUCUACUAUUUUAUACGUAAGUGAAGGGAGAGU